GUCAGACUGUGCGUGACAACAACAACACGAUUUGGACUGUUUGUUUUCACCACGCCUUACCAAACAAAUUAAGCAUGAUCGUUACUUGAGCCUGGUUAUGUUAGCCUAGCCUACAUCAGCCACUGGUUGUUUAAUAAUCUGAAGCAUGUCCCACUGGGUCCAGUCUUUGAUGGAAUAUGUGCUUUAUAAGCGUAUCCUGAGACGAAGAGCAGAUAUUGUGCUGGAAGUGAAUGCCUUCGGUUUCAUGACAUCUAGAUGCAAAAGAUAAUAUGCAAAGGAACAAUCUGGUUUCUGAAACAAUGUGUUCCUCUCGUUCCGUUCUCCCGGUGGUGAUCACCAUAUGUUAUUUAAUGGCGGGAAAGCACAAUUGCGUGGCAUUCCCGAAGAAGACUUCUUGCGACGUGCUGGACGGCCGAGCUGACUGCCGCCACCUCAGCCUCAGUGAGGUCCCUCCAGACCUUCCCAGCAACAUCACCAGCCUGGAUAUGUCUCACAACCGAUUAAAGGGGAUUCCCCCUGUGACACUACACCCUUACCCAGGACUCCUCCACCUCAAUGUCGGGUACAACAGUAUCACCAAACUGGACCCGGCUUUGUGCCAGACUCUGCCCCUGCUGCAGACACUGAACAUUGAGCACAAUCAAUUGUAUGUGCUUAAGGAGGAGGACGUGAGCCAUUGCACUAAUCUAACACGCUUGAUUAUGGCUAGUAAUAAGCUAAAGCUACAAGGAGAGCCCUUCUCUGCACUACAGAGCCUGAAAGUUCUUGAUGUUUCUAUGAACAAACUGCAGUCAGCUAAGCUCAGUUCUCACCCUCAGCUGCCCAGCCUUGUGAGCCUCAAUCUGGCAUUCAAUGACUUCACCAUUCUCAAGAAAGAUGACUUUUCAUUUCUUAACCGAUCGUUUCUACAAGUCCUCAACAUGUCAUCUGUGCCCCUAAAAACGUUGGAGCCUGAUUGCUUUAAGGCCAUUUCAAGCCUCCAUACUUUGAUCAUGGAUGGAAGCAGUAUGGGAACCCCGGUUAUUUCUAAACUCUGCUUGGAGCUGUCUGAGACAUCCAUUGAUGUUCUGUUUCUUCGGAAGAUGAAGCUAAUCACGCUCACUAAUAAAACCUUCACAGGGCUACAGAAAACAAAUCUAACCUUUCUGGAUCUGUCCCGUAAUGGCAUGGUUGACAUUGAACCAGGCUCAUUUCGGUGGCUGUCUAGACUUCUGACUCUAAUUUUGACAGACAACAACAUCAAGCUCCUGACCAAGGACACAUUUCAUGGGCUCAUAAGUUUGAAAAAACUCCAAUUGACAAAAGCUCUUGUUGGCGCUCAUCCCACACCAAGUAUCGAGGAUUUCUCCUUCCAACCAUUAAGUGCUCUAGAAAGUUUGAUAUUACAGAGAACUGCAGUUCAUGCAAUCAAAGAGAACACAUUUACAGGCUUGACAAGUCUUAAAGAACUCGAUAUGAGCUGGAGCAGUUGUACCUCACUCAGAAACAUCACCAGCAAGACCUUAGUCUCACUCGCAGGAUCACCUCUCAGAAAGCUAAAUCUAACAGGAACAGCUAUAGCACAGAUUAAUCCUGGCUGCUUCUCCGUUUUGAGGAAUCUCACCACUCUACUUCUAGAUUUUAACUUCAUCAAGCAAAAUAUCACUGGCAAAGAGUUUGAAGGCCUGGGCCAGGUUGAAGAGAUUCACAUGUCCAAUAACCACCAGACAGUCAAUCUAGGCUCCACAUCGUUUGUUAAUGUGCCAAAACUUAGGUUCCUGACUUUGGCGAGAAGUCUUAGAGCCGAAGCUGUGAACCUGGAUCCCUCUCCAUUCCGUCACCUGCCCAACCUCACCUUCCUGGAUCUCAGCAACAACAACAUUGCUAACAUCAGAGAGAAUUUGUUGGAGGGGCUUGUGAACCUGAAGGUGCUGAAGCUUCAACACAACAAUUUUGCCCGUUUGUGGAAGAGUGCCAACCUAGGUGGGCCGGUGUUGUUUCUCAAAGACACACGGGGGUUGACAACCUUAGAGAUGGAUAGUAAUGGGCUGGAUGAGAUCCCAGCAGAGGCUCUGAGAGGGUUGAGUGACCUCCGUCAACUCAGCUUGGCCAACAACCUCUUCAAUAGGCUCAAAGACUCCAUUUUUGAUGAUCUGAACUCACUGCAGUUUUUAAAUUUACAGAAGAAUCUGAUCACGGCUGUGAGGCCUGAGGUGUUCAAAACUCCUCUGAGCAACCUCCGGCUGCUUGUGAUGGACAAAAAUCCAUUUGACUGCACAUGUGAGAGCGUGCUGUGGUUCGUGACAUGGUUGAAUGACACAAAUGGGACCAGUGUGCCAGGUCUCAGGGACCAGUACAUGUGCAACACUCCACUAGGGUAUUUCAACCGCUCCAUCAUGGAUUUUGACAGCCUCUCUUGCAAAGAUAUGACCCCAUUUCAGGCUCUUUACAUACUGAGCAGCACUUCUGUCAUCCUGCUGAUAGUAACUGCACUUCUGGUGCGGUUCCAAGGCUGGAGGAUCCAGUUUUAUUGGAACAUAUUGAUCAAUCGCACAUUAGGAUUUAGCGAUGCCGCAAUUGAAGAGGGCAGGGAAUUUGAGUACGAUGCUUACAUCAUACAUGCAGAGGAAGACGGCAACUGGGUAGAACGAAGGUUGGUCCCCUUAGAGAAUGACCAGUGCAGGUUUUGUUUGGAGGAUCGAGAUGCAGUCCCUGGCACGUCACAGCUUCAAUCCAUUGUGGAAAAUAUGAGAAAAUCCAGGAAAAUCUUGUUUGUCGUCACUGAAACUCUUCUCAAAGAUCACUGGUGUAGACGAUUUAAAGCCCAUCAUGCACUUCACCAGGUCAUUGAAGCCAGCAGGGACUCAGUGGUUCUGGUCUUCCUGCAGGACGUCCAUGACUACAAGUUAUCUCACUCACUCUUACUCCGCAGGGGCAUGUUACGUCCUUGCUGCAUCCUAGACUGGCCUGUCCAUAAGGAGAGGGUGCCGGCCUUUCAUCAGAAACUCCUCAUAGCACUUGGCAUGACUAAUCGAUUGCAGUAGUAGCCCUAUCCCAUUGGUAGCAUUGUGGGAAUUUCCUGUGUAAUAACUUCCAAUGUUCCAGUGUUCUGUUAUUACUAAUUACAACCAAUUGCAGUUUUAUUUUUCUCUCUAUGUUAAUAUCAUGCUUACUGUACACACACACACGUCUGUUUUUUCAAGUGGUAAUGAGUGAAUGUGUGCGUGUGUCUGCAUACACAACUAGCUAUCUAGCUAGAUAUCUAUGUUUUUGGUGAUUUCUUUUUCAUUUCAGUCCUAUGUGC